AUGUCGUCCUGCGAACCCCUCCCUACAUCUGCUGCCUCCAAGCAGAAGGCCUCUUCCGAGUCCGAGUCCGACUCCGACUCCUCCUUCCCCGAUCACAUCCAGUCCCUGUUGAACAAGUACGACGUUACGACCAACGGGUUCCUUCCGGAGGGGCCACCGCUUGAGGUGCUGCCAGACGAGUACUAUGCGCCAUGGGAAGAACUCAUCGGACGGUUGCCAGAGUCGUUAGAUGCCGGCACGUUUCGAGAGGAGGCAGAUAGGUUGCCGAUUCUGGAGACGGAUCGGCUGAAGACUGAGGGAGAGUGGAGGAGGGCGUAUGUGGUGCUGUGUUUCUUUGCGCAUGGGUAUAUUUGGGGAGGUUCGAGGCCAAGUGAGAUCCUCCCCCCACCAAUCUCCAUCCCCCUCCUCGCCGUCUCCUCCCACCUCGACCUCCCACCCAUAGCAACCUACGCCUCCCUCAACCUCUGGAACUUCCGCUGCGUUCCUCCCCCAUCGUCCUAUCUCAGCGGUCUUCUCCCUCCCUCUCCCCCACUAACCCCCGCCUCCUCCUCCUCCUCUCCAUCUCUCACCUCCGGCUCACAGCAGCCCACAUGCGCCAAAUUCGACCCAACAGACCUCUCCCGCCUGCAAACCCUCCACACCUUCACCGGCACCCCUUCCGAAUCGUGGUUCUACCUCGUCUCCGUCGCCAUGGAGGCACAAGGCGCUUACAUCAUCCCCACCAUGCUUCGCGCUCUGCAAGCCAUCGGUCAACGGUCCGAGAACUGGAAGGAGACGACGACGAAAGCGCUGAGGGAGCUGGUGAAGUGCGUGGACGCAGUGGGCGAGCUGUUGGAACGGAUGUACGAAGGGUGCGAACCCAUGGUCUUUUAUCACCGGAUUAGACCCUUUCUGGCGGGGAGUAAGGGGAUGAGCGCCGUUGGGUUGCCGAAGGGGGUGUUCUAUGACCUUGGCCCUGCUGCUGAAGGGUUAGGGGAGGAAGGGGAAGAGCGGGUGCAGGGAGAGAGAAGGAAGGGGAAGUGGAUGGCGUAUAGAGGGGGGUCAAAUGGGCAGUCGUCUCUUAUUCAGUUUUGGGAUCUGGUGUUGGGGGUGGAGCAUGUUAGUGCUGGGAAUUCUUCUCCUCACUCCGGCUCCGGCUCCGGCUCCGGCAAGAAGAAAGAGCAGCAGAAACUCAAACCCUUCCACGAAGAAGUAAGAGAGUACAUGCCGCUCAAACACCGACAAUUCCUCUCUCUGGUGUCGAAAAUGGGCCGCGGCAAGGGGGGGAUUCGGAAAGCGGUGAUGGAGAUGGUGGAAGCUGCGGAGCAAGAGGGGAGGGAGUUGGACGGAAAGGAGAGCGAGCUGCAGAAAGCUUUCCAGGAUGCGACGAGGGCGUUGGCGGGGUUUAGGAAUAAACAUUUGCAGAUUGUGGCGAGGUAUAUCGUUAUUCCUUCGAGGCAGGCGGUGCCGGAGGGGAUGGUGAGGAAGAUGAUGGGGAGGGGUGGUGGGAGGGGGAGUGACAUGGAGGGAAAGGAGCGGAAGGAGGAGCAAAGGGAGAGGGUGGUUAAUUUGGCGACUGCUAGUUCGGGGUUGCAGCUGAGGAAGGAGGGUGGCAAGGAGGAUGUGAAAGAGAGAGCAGGACCGGAAUUGACAGGAACGGGAGGAACGGCGUUGUUGCCGUUUUUGAAGCAGACGAGGGAUGAGACGUUGAAGGCGGGAGAGGUCGGGAGGUGA